CUGAGUAAUAACGUCUUUCUUACUGUGCGCGUUUUCAUAAAAAUUUGUCAUUUUUAUUUUGAAGAAAAAAACUAAAAUUUUCCAGGCAUAUCGAUACCUAACAACUUUGAACUAUAAAUGGGGUUGCCAGGAAAUAUUUCCAAAGACAACUUAUCCUCUAACUUGAAAGAACUUCAAACUCAUGAGAAAAAAUUACGUAGCGAAAUUACGUAUUGUAAAUCGCUUCUGAAACCCAAGACCGAUAUUAAUGACGAUGAAAAUUGCGAUCUACCCGCUCAGCACAAAGUGUCAAAGCGCAGGAACCAAGAGUUUAAGGUAAACAUAUUCUUUACAGUGAAACCGAUACAGAUUUUGGUGAUCCGGUGUGAGUUUCAGGAAGUGAACGAGUUUUUCGAUUACGUCCACUCCAACGGUGGCCACGAAAACGGCUGGAAGACAGAAGACCAUCUGCAGUUCCUCAAGUAUAGGUCGAAGUUUAAAAGAGCCGAAGAUAUCGCCCGACACCUACACGAUUUGUUGCCCGACAUCGACGUCGACGAAAUAAUCGCCCACGAACGCUGGUACGUCACGUACCUGGAAUUGCUAUCGAAAAAGAAAGACGCCAUAGAACGCUGGAGGAAAUCCAAAAAGACGCAAAAAAAAGAACCGGCCGUCUCUGACGAAAAACAAAGCAAACGGGACACAUGGAAAAACACCAACGACGACGCGUUGCGGGCAAAAAUCGCACUGUGGAAGGAAGAAAGGGAAGCGAAAGUGCGCGCGGAAAAUGCAGAGCGCCGACGAAAAAUCGACGCUCGGUGCAAACAAGAGCAGAUCGAGAGGGUCAAGCGCAACGACAUAAAGAAAGUAGUACGGGAGUGGCGGGAAUCCAAGCAAUUGGCGGGCGAAAACGAAAAAAAUAGAAGGGCGGCUUUGGAGAGCUUGCAAUCCAAGUUGAGAUCAGCGACAGCGAAUAGAAUGAUCAAAACGUAUCAAAGCAUGGACGAGGCGCACGUUAAGAAAAUGCUUCAAAUUCACGCCAGCGAGAAACAAAAAUCGAUUCGUAUUCGAUCGAGUUGCGAGGCGAAUCGCGAUCCUGAUAGACUGAUGAAACCCACGCAACAGUGGAUGAAUAGGCUACGAGCACCGAGAGAUGUCGCAGUUUGCCAGAUUCCUGAAGCGCGCAUGCCCAAAUUAGCUGUUCCCGAUUGGAGGAAAGAUCUAUUGACCUACGUGACAUUUGGGGUGCUUUUUAACCUACUUUGGCCUCAGAUCACUAUCAACCAAUGCACCUCCGCUAGGGGCGAGUUGGUCAAACACAUGCCUUGCGGCAUGGUGACUCAAAACUAUUUCCCGUUCGACACUAGGGACACUUACGUGUACUGGACAAUUUUCUUCUACUUCGUCAACUUCUGUUUGCACAUUUGCGUAGCGUUUUCCAUAGGGACCUCCGUUUUUAUAGGACUUUUGAUGCACACCAUCGGACAGCUCAAAAAUUGCAGCAGUUACUUUAAAAGCAUUUUCUUCGGAGCAGACAUAGCUACAAAAUUUCGCCUCUCCUAUUGCAUUCGAUAUCACCAAACAAUAUUGAGUUACGCAGAAAGGAUAUUCAGCACUUUCACUUCGAUCCUGAUAACCUACGUAACUAUUACGUCUUUUACGUUCGCUGUGGUUAGCUACCAGAUCGCCAAUUCCAAAACGGCAAUCGAAGAAAGGAUACGCUACGUGCUGCUGCUGGUCGGAUGGAUCAUCUUGUUCUUUCUUAUUUGUUUUUUUGCACAGGAAGUCAUUGACCAGUCGCUAAAGGUGGGUGACGCGGUGUACCACAGCAAUUGGCACCUCGUCGCCGGUACCGAUGAAAUCAAAAGAAGCUUAGCCGUAGUAAUUUUAAGAACGCAAAGGCCGAUAUGCUGGAAGGUCAAGUACAUCGGUACCAUGUCCCUGUUCACCUUCGUCUAUGUGAUUAAAACGUCUUAUACGUUCUUCACUCUUCUGCUAACAGCCACCGAUUCGGCAUGAGCCGAAAAACCAACGCGCCAGCUCAAAUUAACCGCAUUUAUUAACAUAUAUCACAAUAAAUAAUCAGCAGCG